AUGUCGUCGUUACGUCAGAGCCCACUACCGACGCUUUCGGCGCUAUCGGGGGCGUUCACCGAACUCAACAGCACCCUUGCGCCGUUGCUCGCGCAGAACUACGAGGCGCUCAAUGCGGCGCUGCAGGCCAAUAGCGCAGCCAAAGACGGGGAAGAUGAACUGCACGGCCGUCUCGACGCAGCGCGCAUGCAGGUGUCCGUCGCUUACGUACUCAUGGACCUCGUAUGGAUUCUGCUCAAGGUCAAAGGUGUGGAUCCCACAGGACAUCCCGUGAUGAUGGAGCUCGAACGGGUUAAGGGGUACUUUGGCAAGAUCAAGGGGGUUCAGGAGGGACAGAAGGAGGAUAGUAAGACCAGGGUGGAUAAGAGUGCGGCGGGAAGGUUCAUCCGGGCGGCUCUCGCGGGUGAUGGGUCGCCAGCGGGAGGAAAGCAUACAAAGUUCGACGAGGAGACGCCCAAGAAGGCGGCUGCAAAGGAGACGGAGGCCAAAGCAGCGACAGAGGAAAAGAGCCCAGAGAAGGCGACAGCGACCCCAACAUCGGCGAAUAAGAAGAAGCGACCCGCCAUGGAUCCUUUCGAAGGAUACGACAAGCCAAAGACACCCAAGACAGCUCCUGCGACACCCACAGCGGCAAAGCAGACCGACAGCGCAUCAAGUUCACCCACGAAGAAGCAGAAGAAGAACAAGAAGGCGUCCGCUUCCAAGUGA